AGUCCUCCUCAGUGGGAUCCGUGCGUGCCGAGCGGAUUGCACACUACUGCUAAAUUAUAGUUAUCCAUCGUAGUGCAAAUACAUCAUCAGUUCCGAAACUAUGCGUGUCGCCGCAAAGGUUCUUCUCGUCGGAUUUCUCAUCGUCGGCGCCUGUUGGUGCGAAGAACAGCUCGAGUUCAAAAGUGUUCCUACCACGGUCAAAGCCCUUGAGAACAACACCGUCCUAUUACCUUGCUACCUCGAAAACGCAAACGAUGGAAUUUACUCGACGAGGGUGAGAUGGUACAGAGAUGGAAAGCAAAUAGCAGACAGUGGGCCGCCACCGGUGAUGCCUCCAGACAGAUUCAAGUUGUGGGGAAACGGAUCUUUGGAGGUGUACACGGUGAAGCCCCAGGACACCGGAGAAUACAUGUGCGAAAUCGUAAGACCCGCUCCGCUCGGAGAAGCUAAACAGGUGCACGCAAUCGAAGUCUUACAUGCGCCCUCGGUGGAACCGGAUCCAAUCAACGGUUUCCUCGAAGUCAAGUUGGGAGAGGAAGUCCGCAUGUCCUGCAAAGCUUCCGGCGUUCCGCAUCCCAUAAUCAGUUGGACAUCUAAGGGAGAAGAUAUGGAGUUUCUGGAUAACAGAGAGAUGUUAAAAUUCACAGCUUCCGAUCGGCAAUUGGCAGGAAUCUACGAAUGCCGUGCUGCCAAUGGUGUCGGAGAGCCGGUCACGGCCCAAAUCGAAUUAAACAUAAUAUAUCCACCGGAAUUGAUGACCACGCGUUCUUGGAUCCACUCCGCACCUGGCCUCAGGGCGCAGCUGGACUGUAGGGUCUCCGCAGAUCCUCAAGCCGUAGUCACCUGGCUGAAGAGCGAAAUACCGGUCAAUUUGGAUAGUCGAGUGGUCUCUUUGGUGGACGGCGAUAAACACUCUUUGCUGAUCAGAGAUAUCCAGAGGAGCGAUUUCGGAAUUUACACGUGCAGAGCUUCUAACGAUCUUGGGCAAGGCGACGUCCAAAUACAAUUAUCCGGUGUUCCAAAUCCUGGAGUAUUCAAGAGAACAGACGAAAAGAAUCUGGAAUCCAAAAAUUCGUAUACUCUGAUUUGGGAGGUGGACAGUUACACGCCAAUCAUCGAAUACAACCUCUGGUUCAGAUUGUACAGGCCACAAUCCGGACUGCACAGACCCGACUGGACGAAGCUGACAAUUCCAACGGAGCACUCGACGAACUCGGGUCCGAUGUAUUCGAAACUCUACACGAUAAAAGGUCUUAAGGAGAAGACGAUCUACGAGGCUCUGCUCGUCUCCAGGAAUCGCUACGGUUGGUCGAAGCCUUCUCCGAUACUUCGGUUCGCCACCGUCGGCGCAGGUGACACAAAUCUGAAGGAAGAGAUCAUCACUCCCAUGCAAGUCGAAACGGAGAACACGAUCAUCCCAUUGGAAAUCACAACUGCGGCGAAGAGCGCAUCGCCACAAGCGAAUUGCUUCUUCAUCAUCGUAAUCACGUUGUACAUUCUGCUUCAAUUGAAAUAAAAGGACUCGCCGUUGCCAUUCAUAAAAA